AUGCAGACUAGAAUGGGGAAGAAGAUGGGAAUUGUAGCGUUUACUCUUUAUCUUUGCAUCACCUUCGCACUCUGUGAAUAUUACUCAAAAAUUGUUCCAUUCUCGCCAAAACAACGAGUAGUCACCAAUCUCCAUUUCUUCUUUCAUGACACUAUUACCGGACCAAACCCAUCAGCUGUUCUCAUUGCCAAGUCCAAUCACACCGGAAAUGACAGCUCUUCUCCGUCACCAUUCGGCUCUGUUUUCGCCAUUGACGACCCUCUCACCCUCGGACCCGACCCGAAAUCCGAACAGAUUGGGAACGCCAAAGGAAUGUACGUCUCCUCCGGAAAACAUGUCCCUACGUUGACUAUGUACGUUGACUUCGGGUUCACCUCCGGCCAGUUUAACGGCAGUUCCUUUGCUGUGUUUUCGAGGAAUACGAUAAUGGAGAAGGAGAGGGAGCUUGCGGUUGUGGGCGGUCGAGGAAAGUUUAAGAUGGCCACAGGAGUGGCUCAACUCAAUACAUACUCGGUUAACUUGACCAGUGGUGAUGCCAUUGUUGAGUACAAUGUAACUCUCUAUCAUUAUUUAUAA